GGUACCAGACCACCUUCCCUGGUUUUUGAUGCUGAAUCAGGAUCGUUUUAACUAAAGAUGGAAACACUGGAGUCAGAAUUGACCUGCCCAAUCUGCCUGGAGUUAUUCGAAGACCCUCUUUUGCUGCCGUGUGCCCACAGCCUCUGCUUCAGCUGCGCCCACCGCAUCCUGGUGUCCAGCUGCUCCUCCAGCGAGUCCAUUGAGCCCAUCACCGCCUUCCAGUGCCCCACGUGCCGCUAUGUCAUCUCCCUCAACCACCGGGGCCUGGAGGGCCUCAAGAGGAAUGUGACCCUGCAAAACAUCAUCGACCGCUUCCAGAAGGCAUCCCUGAGCGGCCCCAACUCCCCCAGCGAGAGCCGCCGCGAGAGGACGUACCGGCGCCGAAAGGACUGCCGCACCGGCCCUACCAUGUCCGUGGCCGGCGAGAGGAUCGCCUGCCAGUUCUGCGAGCAGGAUCCCCCGCGGGACGCGGUGAAGACGUGCAUCACCUGCGAGGUGUCCUACUGCGACCGCUGCCUGCGGGCCACCCACCCCAACAAAAAGCCCUUCACCAGCCACCGUCUGGUGGAGCCCGUGCCCGACGCGCACUUCCGAGGACUGACGUGCUUGGAGCACGAGAACGAGAAGGUGAACAUGUACUGUGUUGCUGACGACCAGCUCAUCUGUGCCUUAUGUAAACUGGUGGGCCGCCACCGGGACCACCAAGUGGCAUCCCUCAGUGAUCGCUUUGAAAAGCUGAAG